CAGCUCCUUUGUGGCUCCGGGCAGGUCACGGCCGCCGUAUCCCACCGUGGCACCCUCGGUCUGUGAAAUUCCCGGUGAUUGCACUUUGUAAGAGCAGCAAGGAGGCUGAGACGGCUUUCCUGAGCGUUUACACUCAAUUGCUCGGAGCUCCAGGACGGCAAAGCCAAAGCGCCCGGCACAGAGCCCCCGCUGCAGAGACAUGAGGCAGACAAGCAAAAGGGCCUGCAGGAAGCUCAGGUCACCUUGGCCGCUCGGCUGGGGGAGGCAGAGGAGAAGAUCAAAGUGCUCCACGCAGCGCUGAAGGCCACGCAGACGGAGCUGCUGGAGCUGCGCUGUAAAUACGACGAGGAAGCGGCGUCCAAGGCGGAUGAAGUGGCCAUGAUCAUGACCAACCUUGAGAAAGCCAACCAGCGGGCGGAGGCGGCGCAGAGGGAAGUGGAGAGUUUGAGGGAGCAGCUGGCGGCCGUCAACAGCUCCCUGCGCCUGGCCUGCUGCUCCCCGACGGGCACCACGGGGCAGGACAAAGUGAACUAUUCCAUGUGCUCAGGGUCGAGGUUGGAGGCAGCUCUGGCUGCCAAGGACCGGGAGAUCCUGCGGCUGCUGAAGGACGUGCAGCACCUCCAGAGCUCUCUGCAGGAGCUGGAGGAGUCCUCUGCCACCCAGAUCGCUGAGCUGGAGGGACAGCUGGCCGCCAAGAACGAGGCCAUCGAGAAGCUGGAGGAGAAGCUGCAGGCACAGGCUGACUAUGAGGAGAUCAAAACCGAGCUGAGCAUCCUGAAGGCGAUGAAGGUGGCCUCUGUGAAGGAGCAGCUGCUGAAGCACAACAUUGGGCAGAGGGUCUUCGGGCACUACGUGCUGGGGCUGUCGCAGGGCUCCGUCAGCGAGAUCCUGGCGCGGCCCAAGCCCUGGCACAAGCUGACGGUGAAGGGCAAGGAGCCGUUCAUCAAGAUGAAGCAGUUCCUGUCCGACGAGCAGAACGUGCUGGCCCUGAGGACUAUCCAGGUGCGCCAGAGAGGUAGCAUCACGCCACGGAUCAGGACACCGGAGACCGGCUCUGACGACGCCAUCAAAAGCAUCCUGGAGCAGGCAAAAAAGGAGAUUGAGUCGCAGAAGGGAGGGGAGCCCAAAACACCAUCAGCAUCACAGGCAGUGGCCAACGGGGCGGGCAGCAGCAGCUCGGAGGACGCCAUCAAGAGCAUCCUGGAGCAGGCGCGGCGGGAGAUGCAGGCGCAGCAGCAGGCGCUGCUGGACAUGGAGUCGGGGCCCGGCGGGCAUGGAGGGGACACGGCGCCCUCCGAGCGCUCCACGCUGGGCACCGUCAGCCAGAACAUCACCCCCGCCCUGGUCAAGCAGGAGGAGGCCAGCGGGGCCAGCCCUGGCCCGCCGCAGACGCCCCUGGCCGUGCUCUCCCCCGCCGCCUUCGUCCAGAGCAUCAUCCGCAAGGUGAAGUCGGAGAUCGGCGAUGCCGGCUCCUACUUCGACCAGCACUGGGCGUCGGAGCGCAGCCUGCUCAGCCGGCCCUACACCUCCGUGUCGCCCUCGCUGUCCUCCUCCUCCUCCAGCUACUCCAGCAUGGCCAACGGCCGGGGCUGGCCGCGGGGGGAGCCCGGUGAGGGCGGCACCAACGAGGACGAGCUGCAGCCGGCGGAUGAGGAGCCCCAGCGGCUGUCGGAGAUGAAGGCGGAGGGAGCCGGAGCGGAGCCGGCGGCCGGUGGGCGUCUGUCCUACUACCCCACGUACGUGCCACGGACCCUGAAACCCACGGUGCCGCCACUGACGCCGGAGCAGUAUGAGAUGUACAUGUACAGGGAGGUGGACACGCUGGAGCUGACCCGGCAGGUCAAGGAGAAGUUGGCCAAGAACGGCAUCUGCCAGAGGAUCUUUGGAGAGAAGGUGCUGGGACUGUCCCAGGGCAGUGUGAGUGACAUGCUGUCGCGGCCCAAACCGUGGAGCAAGCUGACACAGAAGGGUCGGGAGCCCUUCAUCCGCAUGCAGCUCUGGCUGACAGACCAGCUGGGCCAGGGGAUCAGCCAGCAGCCCACACCCUCCCAGGCCAGCCCGGCGGAGCCCCAGCCGUCCCCCUCGCCGCCCCCCAGCCCCUCCGAGCACGAGAAGGGCUGCCAGGAGCCCCUCACCCUGGCCUUGGAGAGCAGCAAGGAGAACCAGCAGCCCGAGAGCCGCUCGACGCCUGCGCUGGGCGGGAAGAUGUAUCCCAACAGCCAGGGCCCCAUGGGCAUCCAGGAGAUCGUCGCCAUGUCCCCCGAGCUGGACACCUACUCCAUCACCAAGAAGGUCAAGGAGGUCCUGACAGACAACAAUUUAGGCCAGCGGCUGUUUGGGGAGAGCAUCCUGGGCCUGACGCAGGGCUCGGUGUCCGAUCUCCUCUCCAGGCCCAAGCCGUGGCACAAGCUGAGCCUGAAGGGGAGGGAGCCCUUCGUGCGCAUGCAGCUCUGGCUCAAUGACCCCCACAAUGUGGAGAAGCUGCGCGACAUGAAGAAGCUGGAGAAGAAGGCCUACCUGAAGCGCCGGUACGGGCUGAUGAGCGCUGGCUCGGACAGCGAGUCCCCCAGCGNCAGCGAGGAAUUCGUGCUGGAGCUCUUCGACCCGCCCAAGCCAGAGCUGGCAAACCCAGGUUUGUCAGCUUUGGGGCUGUUCCUCAGCUGA